GCGGUAAACAGCAGAGUAGACCAAAGCAGCGCGAGGGCGAGACACGCGGCUCAACAUCAAAGGCAUCAAACGCGCAAGUCACAACAGCUCUACCGCCGAGGAGGAAGUGCUGUUUUUCCGUGGCUGCGCGCGCGAGGGGACAGCAGUCUCCUCCGAUGCGCUCGUGCGGGCUACACGCGCGGCUUCAUGUGGCCAGAGCGCCUCGGACUCCUCUCGCUUUCAGCCCGGACACAACCACGAACUUCCCAUAAUAACAUGCGCGAGACCGGGCUGCCCCGCGCGCUGCUGCUGCUGCUGCACGCGACGCUGCUGAGCGCGGAGAGGUCUCGAGACAGCAGCGGGUUCCAGCACUCCGCCGCGCUGGACGCCGGGGGGAGAUACGCGCUGAAGUGGAGCUUUGAUGAGACCAGCAUCACGUUUGAAGUUGAGGCAGCAACGAGGGGCUACAUGGGGCUUGGCUUCUCUCCAAACGGCGCCAUGGCUUCAGCUGAUCUUGUGAUAGGAGGUGUUGCCAACGGGAUACCUUACCUCCAUGACUAUUAUGCAGAUAGCAGCAGGGUGGUCCAUAAAGACCCAGUGCAGAACUACAGGCUGCUGUAUGGCCGAGAGAACCACACACACACUGUGCUGGGCUUCAGCAGAGACCUGGAGACCUGUGACCCCAACGACAGAGCCAUCACGGGCAGUACCAUGCGGGUGAUCUGGGCGCUCCACAGUGAAGACGUCGGGCCGUCAGGGCCAGUGUAUCAUGGUAUAAACAGAGGAAGAAAGAGUUUACGGUUUCUAAAUCCAGGAACCAGCAGAAAUGUUCCAGCUGGAAUAGCUACAAUGGACCUGCGCAACAAUAACGUUCCAGUGCCUGACAAGGACACAACCUACUGGUGUCAGAUGUAUAAAAUGCCAGAUGUGCAGCAGAAGCAUCAUAUCAUCAGAAUUGAGCCACUGAUCCAGAAAGGCCAUGAGAAUCUGGUGCACCACAUUCUGCUGUACCAGUGUGAUAGCUCAUUGAACGAGAGUGAACUGGACCUGGGACACAACUGCUUCCAUCCCAACAUGCCUGAUUCCUUCACCACCUGUGAAACUGUCAUCUUCGCUUGGGCCAUUGGUGGAGAGGGAUUCACUUAUCCACCACAUGUGGGAAUGUCAAUAGGAACAGAUAUUGAUCCGGUCUAUGUGCUGAUGGAGAUGCACUUUGACAAUCCAGCCUUACAGACAGAUGUGGUGGAUAGCUCAGGCUUGCGAUUAUUCUACACCCCUAAGCUGCGGACCUACGAUGCCGGGGUGAUUGAGACAGGUGUGUGGGUCAGCCUUUACCACAUGUUGCCUCCCGGCAUGGAGGACUUCAUCACAGAGGGACACUGCACUCAGGAGUGCCUGCAGGAGUCUCUGGAGAGUGAAAUGCCCAGUGGGGUGUCGGUUUUUGCAGCUCUUCUUCACGCUCAUCUGGCAGGCAGGGCCAUUAGGACCAGGCAUUUCCGUCAACAAGUGGAGCUGCCUCCUAUGGCCUUAGAUGACCAGUUCGACUUCAACUUCCAGGAGUUCCAGCCUCUCAGUCCUGAGCGACAGAUUUUACCUGGGGACUCGCUAAUAACAGAAUGUGUAUAUAACACCAAAGGGAGAAACAACAUGACUUGGGGUGGCCUGAGCACACGGAAUGAGAUGUGCUUAUCUUACCUCCUGUACUACCCCAGAGUCAACCUUGCCAGGUGUGAGAGUCUUCCAGAAAUCAGGGGUCAGCUCAAGUUCAUCGGAGUUAAACAAAUUCAGAGCCCGCUGACAACCUGGCCUUUCAUGAUUAAAAGCCCCAAGAGAUACAGCAACCUGUCUUUCACUGAAGCCAUGGACAAGUUCCGAUGGACCAAGAAGAGAGGAAAGGCCUUCAAUGAAGUCGUGCUGAAUCUCCCUAUGAAUGUGCGCUGCAGUAAGAUAGGCCAGGAGGAGUGGAUGAUUCAGGGCAUGAUUGUGUCUCCGCCGAAGCCCAAAGCAAUGGAACCACCUGCUGUUGCAGUGUGCAUGAAUGGCUCUGAAGCUCAGCUGCAUUCUAUAGUCCCUUAUAUUCUCAUCAUCACAGGCCUUCUGUUACUGCUGCAUAUUCACUUACAGCUCUAACUUCUGCACACACCACUUAUUCCCCUAAACCCCAGCAUAGACCUGCUCUCACUGCUCUCACAAACUUUACAACACUUAUUUUAAACCACUUUAUCACUUUUAUGACAGUUCUUCAGAAGCAAAACCAGAUCCAGUGUGCACUCUGUCACCAUGUGUGUGAGUACACUGAUUCACUGAUUCACCCAAAUUUAACAAGACGCCACAUGAGUCACCCCAACCGCACUCCUCCCUUCUGACAAAGAGCCAUUUAUAUGUUUUAGUUGCACUACAAAGCAUUGUUUGAUUUAUCACUCGAGUCUCUCUCUGUUGCUGGAAGCUCACAAAGACUGCAGCUGUGUUUCAAAGGGCCUAUUUUCUUUAUUCCUGUGCUCCAUUCUGAAUGAAGUGAGCAGCGAAUAGAAGCAUAGUCACACCAUCAUUUACGAUUUAACUGUGUGAAACUGUGUUUUCCAAUUAAAUCUGGCAGGGUCUUACCAAUGAACCUGCUGUCACACAGUGGCUUCUAAAAGUAUUCAUACCCCUUAGAAUUUGUUCACUUUAUCAACCACAAACCUAAAUGUACUUUAUUAAGAUUUUUGGGCUCUAUUUUCGCAUUGUGUAGCACAUUGGUCAAUUAAGCAUUACACCGCUGGAUUUAGAGAGUGUCAAUGUGUCUUUGGUAUCGUAAAGGUGCAAAAAUUAUGCCUUGAGAGGCUCAAAACGUGCAACAGAUAUGUACUAAUUUUCUUAAUAAAUCAUGGGUGUGACGUGAAAUAAACCAAUGUGUGUGUCACUCGCCAUUCAUACCCUUAAAGAGGCGGGUGCACUCUUACUUUUAUGCGUUAGUAUCUUAACAGUGCUUAGCAGAGGAUACUGAACUGCACGUUCACACUGUGAAGGUACGCCAGCAGCUCAAUUAAAAGAACAGCAAUGUUAUUUUUAUUCUUUAUUCUGUGUAUUGUUGAGUUAAAAGUCGGGUUUGCACACUGCA